AUGCAAAAUUCUCAACAUAUUGAGGGUUUAAAUGGUAUUUUACAUCAGAAUAUAGAUUCUAAAAUAUCACUUAGUUCUACAUAUCAAAAAUUGUUGAAUAGAUUAAAUACUGAAAAUAUGACUAAAAUAGAGGUUUGCCAAGAUGAGAUUGUAGAAGAUAAUUUAUCUUGUGAAUUAAAUGAUGCAAAUUUGGUGGAAUUUUUAGAAGAUAAAUAUGAAGAUAGGAAAAUUUACAUUGUCACUACUUAA